UAAAAAGGACUCCAGCCAGUAUCGCGGCGAAUAAUGUUCGAAUACGAUGUGAAAACCGAUCAGUACGUGAAGGUGGAUUUCGAUGAGUUUUCCGAGAGCGAGGAGGAAGAGGAGGAGGAGGAGCUGAAUCCCACCGAUACGGUGAAAUCCUUGAAGCCUUUACUCGUCCUGAGGAAACAGAGAAGAAAGAGAACGGUUAGGACCAGCGUCCUGUUUCACUUUCAUUUGUCGCGUAUCGUCCGCAAAUCGGGCCGCAUCAACACCUUCUUAAACCAUCUGCCGCACAAGAAUCUCUAUUACAUCAAGGACUUGGGCAACACGUUAUUGACCCUGCAAUGGCGCUGGAUCUUGACCACCUUGUGUCUGGUCUAUUUCGCUUGUUUCAUCUUGUUCAGUUGGCUCUGGAUGUUUUUGGCCGGCGUCAGCGGGGACUUCGAUAAAGACAAGGAUCCGGCGGAGCAGUCCUGUAUCGUUAAUGCCAGAUCUUUUACUGGUUACCUCCUGCUGAGCAUUGAGACCAUGACAACCAUCGGUUACGGCUACAGGUUCCCUACAGAGCACUGUACAGGCGGUUGGGUUCUACUGAUGCUACAGUCGAUGUUCAAUAUUGUGGUGCAAGGCGCUUUGGUGAGCGCGGUCUACGUGAAAACCUCCAAGCCGUUCACCAAAUCCUCCUCGCUAUUUAGCAAAAAAGCCGUAGUGUGCCUCAGGGACGGUAAGUUGUGCUUCAUCUUUCGUAUCCACGAUUUUUCCAGGAAGAUUUGGUGCGGCACCAACAUAUCCUUGUACUAUCUGGAUAAGGAGCAGAACAGUUUGGAGGAGGAUUUCGAGAUGAUCAAGAUGACCACGGAGCCUCACGGGUUGCUCAUUUUCCCCCUGGAAAUUGAGCACGUCAUCGACGAGGACAGUCCUUUGUGGAAGUUUCGACCUCUCGAGUUUUUACACAGCAGGUUUGAAAUCGUUGCGGUGGCCGAAGGCAGUUCAACAAUAACAGGACAAGCGUCCCAGAACCGUACCUCGUACUGCAACGAGGACAUCAUGUGGGGCCACCGAUUUUUACCGUGCGUAGACUACGACGAAACCCGUAGAACCCACGUGGUAGAUUACAAGAAGUUUAAGCAAGUCGUACCGUUCGAUACGCCCCUGUGCAGCGCGCGGAAAUUAGCCGAAAUGCAGUCCAGAUUGUCCAAGGGGGUCCAAGAGAACCGUGAAAAACUGGAGAGUAUUAGCGAGGAGCCGUGCAAGGAGGAGCACGAGAGGAUCCCGAAGUUGUUUAGAACAUUGUUUCAUCCAGAGAGUGUACACGAUUUCGGGAAAUACAGGUUGUGAUGUAGA